AUGUCUAAACCCUUUGUUAGAAUGCAUGUGAUAAUCUUUUAAUAUACAGUUUCCCACCCCAGAAAGAGGUUUUUAUUAGGCAUCAUGUUAGAGUUGAAAGAAGUGACAACUUUAGUUAAUAACUUUGUCAGACCAAUAGGAGGUAUAGGUUUGAGUCCUGUCAUGUCCUGAAAUUGUAAGUCUUAUGAAGACUACAAAUAUGGGUAAACCGUAAUCUAAUUAUAUUUUACAAAUAUUCUCCUAAACCGGGAAUUUUCUGUGUAACUGUUUGUAAUAUAUGGGGAGUAUUUUAAUGAGAAAAACGCCAGUUUGCGUUAGCUUUUUCUUCAAUAUAGCUGAUGCUGUAAAUGAGCUCAGUACAAGAUUUAAUAGCAAAACAAUCCUCAUCCCACCCAGACAUUCUCUUGUCUUCUUCCAUUAUGGAUUUGAUGUAGUCUGGAGUAUUUUUCUUUUCAUAGACAAAAUGAUCCCUCUGGAAUUGUAUCUCUUAAGCAACCCUCUUGAUAGAGUUAGUAGAAUAGAAGCUGUUUAUUCUGGCUCUCUCAUUCCCUGUUGGGCCAUGUAUGACUUGUUGUAGAAGUAGAUGAAUAAUCAAUGCAAAACACAUUAUUUUCUGCCAAGACUUUCAAAGCAGUUUCUGAAUUGUAAUUCUGACUGUUCAGUGUGAAUUCUUUGUCCUUUCUGCUGCUUAUAAGUGCUGUUUCUGAUUUACAUAGUAAAUUGCAGUGUCAAACACAUGACUUAAAAAUAAUGUAGUUUUCACUUACUCUAUAUUUUUUGCUAAUUUUUGAGCAUGACUAGAACAAAGAGGAUAUACAUUUAGGCCUUAAAUGAAGAGUUGAUUAUGUAAGUACAUCUUUUGCCCUUCAGGUUGUCCUUCUGAAUUCAGCCCUGGUUCUGUCAGUGCCUUAUUAUGUGGUUUUGGAUGUGAUUUACCAUUCUAAUCUGGUUAGGUAGUCAGUAAAAUUAAUAUGAUAAUAUUGACAUUGUACGCUGUGUUAUGAAGAUCGGUGUCCAUUUUAUAGUGUUUUCAUAGUGUUUUGAGACUGUGUAAUCCCCCAUGGAUGCUGCUUGGUUCUUGUUACGGCUUAUUGAAAGAAAGGACAAAAAUCUUAAGUCUAACAGCUAGAAUUUUGACUAGAACUGAUGAUUAUUCUUACUUGUAGUAAUAAUGGUUAAUUUAUUGCAGUAUGGAGUUAACUAUAAGAAUUUCUUUUUAAAUGACAGCUUAUACCCAUGCUAGAGUUGGUCUAUGAAACUUUGUUCUAGUUUAAGUAAUGUGAAGAACGUAUUUUUGGGUGAGAACAAUUAAUUUAGUGAAACAAUAUGAAAAAGUUAUCAACAGGCAUGUACUAUCUGUUCAGCUAUCCUUGAUCACCGUAGAAAAAAUCCAAAGGCUAUUUUGCUUGUACAAAAGAAAGAAGAUUAUGCUAACAUUAUCUGUUGAUGCAUUGCCAAGGACCACCUCAUUCUGAUGGGGCAACUCACAGUAGUAAGCAUUUUGCUUGGCUGUAUUUUUGGCCUGUUGUGGAACCAAGUGAGCCACAGCAGUUACCACACUAUUAAGGAUGUUGCCUAACACUGAAAUGCAGUGCUUGUUAAGAAGAAAAUAGAUGGGUUUCUUUAGAGUGUGUAGGUUUGUAUUCUGGCAGCUUGCUGUGAAGUUUAGGGGACCCCCAAGACUUCUUAAAACGAUGUAGAAGAAGAAAGCUGAGCUGGCAGUGUAGAAAACACUUAACUUGGGCAUCUACCUACCUCUCUCCCUUACUUGGAUAGUAUUGGGCUGGCAAACUUUCCUGUUGACUGGGAGUGGAAAUGUUUCUUUAGACUUGCAGGCAUUUAAAAUACACAUAUUGGAGAGCUGAGGGGUAUCAGAACUCAGGGUUUCAUCCAGGAUCUGGCUGUGACACCUGAGUGUACAUCGUGUUUGUACAGUGCGAAAUGGCCAAGCCCAUCACUACAUGCUACAGUGACUUGAUGCUACUGUCAGGCAGUUCCUUCUUUGGCUUUCUGGUAGCCCUGUACUCUUUCAGCCUAACUGGUAAUCUUGUAGUGUUGUCCUGGCAUAGGAGCUGUGCUUGAGCUGCUUGUGAUCAACAUGUCAGUGAAGAGCAACAAGCUGACUCUCCCAGAUAUAAUGAGACAGGGCCUGGUGUCUAUGGAUAUUAUAUGAUCUGAAUUUCUUAUUGUUCUUUGAAGCUUAGAUGCCAUGCUAGGCAUCUAAAUCUGUCCUGUCCUUCUUAGUCAGUAGUCUGGAUGGAUCCGUAAUUACCCAAGUGUUCAAGGAAUCUGUAGAAAAGCUGAAGACACAAUAAAUAUUAAUUAAUUUCCUAGCUAAAGUAGCUUUUUGGAAUGUUUCCAGCUCUUUGUGGGAAUUUUCUGAGUGAUGAAUCCUACAUGAGUAAUUCUAGCUGUUUAGGGAGCUAGUAAAGAGUAUUAUCUCUUUUAUGUCUUCAACUUCUAUAAGUGCUUUAUGCAAGUUCUCCCUUGUUUGCCUGUAAGCGGGAUGGUCUAGGUGACUGAAUAGUUCUGUGCUGUUUAGUGUGUAGCGGUGGUUAAGCCAGGGUUUCCAAACCUUAGCACUCCAAUAGUGUAAAUUCCUUUCCUUAUAAUAGGAAGAGGGCAAUAGUUGCUACUUUAGCAUGCUGGUAGUGGUCUUUCCUGUAAGUGGGUUACAGCUCUUCAACUGUCCUAAAUUACAUUAGGCUUUACACAUUCAAGGUAAUGGCUGAAUUUUGCAGUAUCAGUGUAGCAAUGGGCUUCAGGCAAUAAGGAUUUUGAAACUGUAUUUAUAGUGGGUGGAAGUGAAAUAAAAUGCGCUUGCCAUUUAAUGCCAACUAGGACCAAUCUCUGGUCUCAGAUAAAGCAAAAAGAAAUGAUUUACAAAUGCCCCAAAUGUGAGACGUACCUAUUAUCCUGUAGGAUUUUGUCUUCAAUCCUGAUAUGGGUAACAUAUAAGGUAGUCUAUAGAAAUUGUGCAAAGGAUGUUUCUAUUAUAGCUUAAUGAAAAAUACAUACAUACACAUAUACAUAUAUGUGUGCAUUUCCUUACUCCAUUUUGUUUCGGGAUAAUAUAUUUUCCUACUAUUGCGGAAGUUCAACAAUAACUGUUGAAAGUGCCUGCAGAAAUAGGAACAGGUCAUUGACCUUAAAGUGAGGAAAAUUAAGACCGUUUGGUAGCAUCUGAGUCUCCGCUUGAAGAGUUCCAUUCCAACUUUCAAAUUUUAAGAUGUUAGAAAGAAAGUAGAAGUUUAAUUGUUUAAACUGACUCUGAAUCCAUUUAGCUUCAUUUCUUCAAAACUCCGUGCUUGAAAGCCAAAAGCCUGGAGCUGCAAUUAAGAGUUUAUCCUGUAAAAUGAUGGUUGAUAACACUACAGUCUAGUCUGCUGAAGACCAUAUUGUGCUGUGUCAGCAGUGCAAAGCAUCUUUGAGUAGACUGAAGCCCAGUGAUGGAAUUGCCUCUUCACAGUAAUUUUAACUUGUCAAAGUGACCUUUUGCCUUGUGCAAUACUUGUCUUUCCCUUCUUUAAAAGGGAGGGUUGUGAUCACAAAAAAGAGAUUUGUGACGAAAUGUGUUUCUAGUAUGCGUAAUUUCCCAUUGGCACAUGUUCUGGAAAGAGUUGAGCCUUGCACUGCGGCAGAGUGGGCCAGAAGCACAAAAGCACAGCUGCGUUUUUGUAGUCCUUCACUAGGGAAUCGGGGCUAGCUGAAUUUCUAUUACAUGGGGGAAAUAAGGGGAAGGAGGUCAAAGUGGUUCUCAGAAGAAUGUGCAGCACAAGCACUGCUUGAGCAGGGAGAAGUGAGGGGUGUGAUAAAUGCAUGAAUAUAUUCUUCUGGAGCUUGGAAAUAGCAAAUGGGAAAGAGCUGUGAAUGAUAUUCUUGUUUUGGUGAAGAGAUGAUUGUACUUUAAUGGUGAAUUGAAUAAUAUAAUGGAUGCAAGGGAAAAUACAGAUAAGAAAAUUAAAGUAGAGGGAAAAGGUGAUUGAAAUGGAAUUGGGACUGUAUAUACAGGCUGUCUUUAUAUGAUUUUGUCAAUAAGAACUUUGCAUGUAGUAUAAUGGUUUGUGAUUAAAACACUGUUAAAUACUUAACUGUUUUCAAAAUGUAGCAGUUAAUAGGUGUUAAUUUUCAGUUAUGUGCUCUAUUAGGUUUAAAUGCAACUUAUCAGAAUUAUUUACUGCCUGUAUGUUGCAAUAUGUAAUACUAGACAAAUAUUUCAUCUAUACUUGAAGUGAGUAUCUACCAUCAUUUUGUUGUUUCCUUUUAGCUCACUUAUGUCCCUUGCUGUUGAUAAAUGCAGUGUGUGGAACUUAAGUGUAGUGUGGUGUUUUGGCAGGAUUUCAAGCAGUUUAACUGUUUACUAGACUGUUACCAUUUCCUGCUGUUCCUGUUUAAUUCGAUUUCUUAUACAAUGUCCAUAAUUGUGGAUCUAAGCAUGUACUAAGUGACAUGGCUAACAUCUGUCAUGUGUGAUUCUCCUUUCUGCUCCCUGGGAGGAAAAUUAUUGAGAGAAAAACGCAAGAGUCUCUAUAUAAACCACCAUCCUCCUGGGCAGUUGAGAAGGAAAUACAGUUCCUGCUCCACUAUUUUCCUGGAUGACAGCACAGUCAGUCAACCAAACCUCAAGUAUACCAUCAAAUGUGUAGCUCUUGCAAUAUAUUACCACAUCAAAAACAGGGACACAGACGGAAGAAUGCUCUUAGAUAUUUUUGAUGAAAACCUUCAUCCCCUUUCGAAAUCCGAAGUGCCACCAGAUUAUGACAAACAUGACCCGGAGCAGAAACAGAUUUACCGCUUUGUACGAACGUUGUUCAGUGCUGCUCAACUGACUGCUGAAUGUGCCAUUGUCACCCUGGUAUAUCUUGAAAGACUUUUAACUUAUGCAGAGAUAGAUAUUUGUCCAGCAAACUGGAAACGAAUUGUACUGGGUGCAAUUCUACUGGCAUCCAAAGUUUGGGAUGACCAGGCAGUGUGGAAUGUGGAUUACUGCCAGAUCCUGAAAGAUAUCACGGUUGAAGACAUGAAUGAGCUGGAACGCCAGUUUCUUGAGCUGUUGCAGUUCAAUAUUAAUGUUCCCUCCAGUGUUUAUGCCAAGUAUUAUUUUGAUUUGCGCUCCCUGGCAGAAGCAAAUAACCUGAGUUUUCCUUUGGAGCCCCUCAGCAGGGACCGGGCGUAUAAACUUGAGGCCAUUUCCCGCUUAUGUGAAGAUAAAUAUAAGGACUUCAGGAAAGCUGCAAAGAAACGGUCAGUCAGUGCUGACAAUCUGACUGUGGUUAGAUGGUCCCCUGCUAUUAUCUCCUAACAGAGGAGACUGGAAUAUUCCUAUGGACGUACUGUUUCAUCCAUCCAUUUUUUUCGGGGUGGGCCGGGGGUGGGGGGACUCAAGAAAAAAAGACUUGUGAUUUUUUUAUUUUUAAAUCUGUCAAGCUGCCUUUACAGUGCCUCCCCAUUGUGUAGCACACGAGUAAAAUACCUAAUGGAAGGAGAAAUGGAGAAAUCGGUGUUUGGGAGAGAAGAUGGGCAAGAGUUUUUUUUCUCACUUUCACUAACAGCUUUACCCUUUUUAUGAGGAUACAGCAAAUCAGAUCCUUGGAAGAAGAAACAAAAAAAAUGAAGUAGAGGCAGAAAAAUAUUUAAGAACUGUGCCAUUUUCUAAAACGCUGUACUCAUGAAGCAAAAUGGCAGCAUGAAAAUAAACUACAUAGUCAAACGACUGUGCACUAGAGGAAUGAAGUUGGGAGAGUUCCAUCCUUAAGGCUUCUCUUAAUAUCUUUUUUUACUUUUUGUUGAGUUCUGCAUUCCUCAUUGCUGCGUCCCAGAAUAAAUUCUGCCCCUUGCACAGCAGCAAAUACAAAGUCUGUAUUUACAGUAGCACAAGCCCCCGAAUAAAUAGUGUUGGGUUUUUUUCACUGCACUUUUCUCUGUAAACUGUCUUAUUAGCAUUAUUCUUCAUAAUUAUUAUGCAUAUGUUAUAUUUCUUGUAUGCCUUUUAUUGUCUUUCAAAAGAGAGAACUUGACCAUAGUGCUGAACCAAAAGUGUGUACAGGGAUCAGAAGAUCUUCGUUAAUUUCAUGAUGUGUUUUAUUUAUAGUAUACUUGGGUGCGUGUGCCUUCCUGAGUUCUUGGAAUCAUUUAUUUUUCCUUAAUAUAAAGAUACAGUUAUUAAAGUAUUCAGAUGAUGAUGAUAAGACUUGGGCCAAAUCUCUGAAAUUUGCAACAGAUCUUGUGAUCCUUUUUGCAGAUUUUCAUAGCAUUAGAAGUUUAGCAGAAUUUGGUUGUUGUUUGUUUAGUUUUUUUUAUGGCCCGACUAGUUCAUUCCUUCACCUCCAGGUCCAUUGUUGCAAGCAAUAUUCUCGAUUUUUGUAUGUUUACUUUAAAUCAAAGUGUGUCUGUUUGUAUAAAAUAAAAAAAAAUAAAAAAAAAAUUGUUCCAGUGAGAAGGCCUCUAGAAGAGCAGAGUGGAAAUCUUAACAAGGUAUUUGUCAAAAGUAUGUUCAAUUUUGAGACAAAAAUACAAACCCUGGUGGUUUUCAGUGUAGGUGCUUACAGAAGUUAAAAAUAACCAAACUGUGAACAUAACUCUAAUUAUUAAGCUCUUCUGUUGUCGUUACUAGUUCCCUCUUACUGUGGCUGUUGUCCCCUUGGAAUCUGUAAGAACAUUUUACAGAAAAUAACUUGUCAGUGUAAUUGCUUUAUUACACCUCACAGUGAUUUCCCCUUCCCCCCCUUUUUUCUUUCCACCAUUUAGAUAGAUAGAUACAGCUGAAAACUCUCAGUUUCCUGAAAUCGUUUCUUUGGACUAUCACUGAAAUGAGUGGCAACAGACAUCCCUGAUUUAUGCACUACUGUGGUAAACCAUAACGAUUCUGCUUUUGUUUUAUUAAGCCCUAUGGGCUUGUUGCAAACCUCGGGGGCCCAGAGAUGCACGCUUGACUUCCAGUGCAAUGCUAAUCAGAUGCCUCCAAGCAGAGAGGCACUGACAGGAUUGAAGUAGUAAUACCAAACAGUUUUCUGUUAACUUUCUAAUGUGAUUUGUGUAGUUUAAGACAUGAAGUUUUUGUCCAUAAAUUCUCCUGAUGUCCUUCGGGCCUUUAAAAUAAUCUAAUUCUCAUUACUUCUUGUUGUGCCAAUGCAUCGGAACUGUGAGUGUCCAAGUCCAUUUUUCCCUUGAAUGUGGAAUGUAAGGAAAGUGUUUAUAACAAUACAAAUGCAAAUUACAGCAUUUGAAACCUCUUUACAUAUAGUCUCAAAAGGAACGUUUGCAGAGCAUUUGAAAUUCAUCCUUUAUAAGUAUAAAUUUAGGCUUUAAAAUACGUAAAAUAUUUUGAUUUAUCAAUACUUUGCUAAACUAUUUUCCAUUUGACUUGAUAUGAGGAAUAUUGGUUUUAUCCAUUUCUGGGUCAUAGAGAUAUGAACUUUGGAUUAUGUAAAGAUCUCAAUGCAUCUACUAUAAUUUUUGUGAAGUUUAUUAAACUACUUUAAAGAUUGUAUAGUCUAUUUAUUGUAUGUAUGUACAUACAGUCUGAUACUUUAAAAAGUGGAUUCCGUAAAACCUGGCUCGGUCUUGUUUAGACUAUUGAAUAUCGUUUUAGCCUUGUGCACUGGACUCUACCUCUGUAUAGGAGAAUUUUCCAUAUUCUUAAUUAGUACCAAUUCUGUGAUUAACUUGGUUAUGUUUCUUGCACUAAGAAUUAAAAAAAAAAUCUGCUGUAAGUGUGGAUUUUUUCUUUGGUUUAAGUUUUGCCGUAUGAAUCCUUUACACUUCGGUGGAUCCUGGAUUUAGAUGUAGAUCUUCUCUAUUUUGUUUCUUUCACUCAUGAUUAUAGAAUAAUUCUUUGAUUUUUCUUCUGGUUUGUUCCAUGGUUGCCAAAAAAUACAGUACCUGUCAGUAAAUAUUAAUGAGUGUCUUUUAUUUGCAAGGUAUCCUAAUACAUGUAAUUAAAAAUGGAUUAUUAUUUAGGAUUAUGUUGUGUUUAGUGUAGUUUUUUAAGCAUUACUGUAUGGAAAUGCCGUUGCAAGGUCAGAGAAUCACCUGAGAUGUGAGAAGGGAGGAGAACCAAGUAGUGUUUUAAUUAACAGCACAAAUACAUUGUGGUUUUCAUUUAGAACCUGAAACUAAAUUUGCUGUAAAUGUUUUCUGGCUUAAGGUUUUCAUUACUGCUUUGGUCACCAGCUCAGAAACAAAAAGGUGUAGGAGAUGUAAUAAAC